AGCAGGGAUGAUGCUGCCUUGGAUCCAUGCUACCUUGCUAGCAGGUUGUAAGCUAACUGAACACAGGCGGUGCCGUGCGGAUACUCGGGGAUGUCCCACCCUUUUUAAGACAAGCUGAGGGCUCCGAGGGAUUUAUCGGCUUCUACUAAAGCAGGACUAACUUUUACACUUUUAAAACGAGAUGACGACGCGAUCGGAGAGAGAAAAAGCCCAGAAAUUGAAUGAGCAGCAUCAGGCCAUUCUUUCUAAACUGCUGAGAGAAGAAGACAACAAAUACUGUGCGGACUGUGAGGCAAAAGGUCCUCGAUGGGCGUCAUGGAACCUCGGGGUGUUCAUGUGCAUCCGCUGUGCCGGCAUCCACCGCAACCUGGGCGUACACAUCUCCAGAGUCAAAUCUGUCAAUCUGGACCAGUGGACACCGGAGCAGAUCCAGAGUAUGGUAGACAUGGGUAACACCAGGGCCAGACACAUCUACGAAGCCCACCUACCAGAGAGCUUCAGACGGCCUCAGACUGACCAAGCAGUGGAAGUGUUCAUCCGGGACAAGUACGAGAGAAAAAAGUACUUUGACAAGGAGGCCUUUGCUGCGACUGCUCAGAAGUCGUCUGAAGGCGCCCCUCCCUCCGCCUCGCCGUCGUCCUCCCAGGCUGACAGGAGCAGACAGGAGAAAGACAAGAAAAAAGAGGAGAAGAAGAAAGAGAGGGAUGUGGAUAAAGUGGAGCGACACAACAACACAAAGCAGUCAGAGUGCAGAGCCAGUCCCAAGAAAAGCACAGAGGCGGCUGUGGACCUGCUGGGCCUGGAUGCUCCAGAAAGCGGUGGGAAGAGCCCCAGUGGUGCUGCACCAAUCAGCGACGACCUGGACAUCUUUGGACCAAUGGUGUCCAACCCUCUCCCCUCGUCCAACAACACACAGCAGGCCCAGUCUGGUGCCAGUACAGCGCCUCCUCACUCAGACUCCUCUUCCUCCUCUUCCUCUACCUCGACCACCGCCACCACGAAGGCUGAGGAGAAGAAGCUUCUGUCUAAAGACUCCAUCCUGUCUCUUUACGCCAGCAGCUCAGUGGGCAGUCAGCCGCAGAGCCAGCAACAGCCUGCUGCAGGACAAGCAGGUAUGUACAUGGGCCAGCCUCAGAUGCAGUUCACCCAGCAGGGCUUCACCCCGGGGAUGGGCGGAGCCGUCCCGCCGACCACCAUGAUGGGAGGAGGGGCCAUGAUGUCGGGCAUGGCUAUGCCCAACGGCGGCUACAUGGGCAUGCAGCAGGGGGUGAUGCCCGCCAACCAAGGACAGAACAUGUACAACAUGCAACAAGGACAGCAGUGGAAUAUGAACCAGAUGACCCAGCAGAUGUCAGGCAUGGCUAUGAGUGGUGGAGGGCCGACGCCAAGUGGGUUCAGUCAGGCAGGCGCCCCCGCCGCUGGUUGGCCCACAGCUCCAGCUGCCUCUGGCCAGACGCUCAGCACUCAGCUGUGGAAGUGAUGUAAAGAUGGUCCGGUGGAUGGGUGGGGGGAAACGGAAAGCACUCACAUGGCAUCGAAACAGCCAAAUUUGCGUCCGUAUGGAGCCCACCCUUCUCCUUGAUCUCAGCUGAAUAUACAAAAAAAAAACGCACAGUUCCCUUCCCAAAAUCCAACAUACCUUCACCACGGUUCCUUUAAAAAAAAAAAAAAAAA